UGCCCCUCAUGGCGAGCACGGCGGGCGGCCCGCGGGCACUGCGGGCACUGACAGGCUGCCUGCUGGGCGCCCUGGUGCUGGGCACGCUGGCAGGCAACGCUCUGGUGUGCCUGGCCGUCCUGCGCUUCCGCCACCUGCGUACUAAAGUCACCAACUGGUUUGUGCUGUCGUUGGCCAUCUCCGACCUCUGCGUGGCCAUCCUGGUGAUGCCCUGGAAGGCGGUCACUGAGGUAGCCGGUGGCUUCUGGCUCUUUGGCAGCCGCUUUUGCGACACCUGGGUGGCCUUUGACAUUAUGUGCUCCACCGCCUCCAUCCUCCACCUCUGCAUCAUCAGCCUGGACCGGUACUGGGCCAUCGCCAGCCCCUUCCGCUACGAGCGCCGGAUGACACAGCGCCUGGCCUGCGCUAUGAUCGCCAUGGCCUGGGCCCUCUCCAUCCUCAUCUCCUUUGUCCCUGUGCAGCUGCACUGGCACAAAGCCAAGGACAGGAGGCACCCCAGCUCCAGCUGCGACGUCAGCCUGAACCACACCUACGCCAUCACCUCCUCCCUCAUCAGCUUCUACAUCCCUGUGGCCAUCAUGAUCGUCACCUACACCAGGAUAUACCGCAUUGCCCAGGCCCAGAUCCGCCGCAUCUCCACCCUGGAACGAGCAGGUGGGCAGUGGCCAGCCCACAGCAAGGAGCCUGCCUCCACUCUGCGGAGCUCCCUGCGCAAGGAGACCAAGGUGCUGCAGACCCUCUCCAUCAUAAUGGGAGUCUUCGUUUGCUGCUGGCUGCCCUUCUUCCUGCUCAACUGCCUGCUACCUUUCUGUCAGCCCGAGAGUGACAGCAACGGGCAGUCACCCUGUAUUGGCCAAACCACCUUCAAUGUCUUUGUGUGGUUUGGCUGGGCCAACUCCUCGGUGAACCCGGUGAUCUACGCUUUCAAUGCAGACUUCCGUCGGGCUUUCAGCAACCUGCUGGGCUGCCAGUCUCUCUGCUGCAGCACCCCCAGGGCUGCAGUGGAGAGAGUCAAUCUCAGCAAUGAGCUGGUCUCCUACCACCAGGACACCACCUGCCAGAAGGACGGAGCCACUGCCGCCAUACCACCCACCACUGUCACAGCCUGGGUGCAGCCCGAGCCCCAUGCGGUGAGUCCUCAGCAGGAGGACAGAGAGGAGCUCCCCACGGAGGAGAGGCCCGUGACUGCCCCAACACAGGCUAUGCUAGGCAGCAGCCCCAAGUGUUGUCAUGUGACAGCCACUUUGCAAUUGGACUGUGGGGCAGACCUGUCUCUAGAGACUAUUAAUGCCUUUACAGGGUUUAGCAGGCAUGAGGGACACCAUCACCCCAUUCCAGAGGGAUAAGCAACUGCAUGUUUCACACACAGAGCCAUCUC